AUGGCUUUGGUUCCGUCUAAAACAACAGAGAACAUGAAGGAGCCGAAGGAGGUACAGCUUUGUUAUACUUGGAGCUCCUUCAAACACACCCUUAUCAUAUCCAGCGGACACAGCGCUGUUGCAAGAGGUAUUGCACUGUUGGCCAACCCCGUUUUGGCAAGCUUGGCAUGCUGGAUAGUUGAUUCUGCAGGCGAACAUGCAAUGACUCGGGACGACCCUGUCGCAGCUGUGACAACCGCAUGUCACGCAGUCGCCGAUGCAGCCGUUAUCGCAGCAGGAAAUGCUGCUGGUGCCAUUACUGUUGCAGCAGUCCUGGCACCCACGGAGGACCUGGGAUUUGCAGACCUCGCACUCGGCUGGGAUGCUGCAGGAACUGCUGCAGUUCGCGGCAACGAUGGCACUGCAGUUGGUAUUGCACUGCGAUGCGCAGUCGCUGCAGCAUAUUGGCGGCUUCUUCGGAUGCCCCUGGGAAGACAUGACCAGCAAGGUGAAAACGGCAACGGCGGCCGCCACCUUAAGAGCGGCUGCACCUGA